UUGUAUUUUAACCACGGAUCUCGGACCGUUAACUAUUUUCUUAUUACUUGUCAGUGUGAUCUAUAACGUUUACAGCGAGGCAACAUUAAAAGUAAUUGGCGACUUUUUUUUUUUGAUCAAAUAGUAAUUGGCGACUUUCAUACACAUUAUUUAGGCGAAACACAGACCGACAUGAGGAGACCAAAAAACAAGACAGUCACCAGAAGAAGCAAAAAAAAAAAAAAAAUGAAGAGAGUGAGACUUUACUUUAGUAUUCUACUACUAACUCUGUUCAUCUUCAAUGUCCCUUCUCUGUUAACAACAGCUCAAAAACUUGACCCUUCUUCAAGUUCAUGUAAACGUACCUGUGGAGGAAUCUCGAUUCCUUUCCCGUUCGGUAUCGGACCAAAACACUGUUAUCUCAACGACUGGUACGAGGUUGUCUGUAACACCACCACCACCACCACCUCCUCCGUCUCCGCUCCGUUCCUAUCUAAGAUCAACAGAGAACUAGUGAGCAUCACUCUUCGAAAUAGCAUGAGCAGUUCCCACGGCGUCGUUCACGUCAAAUCUCCGGUGACUUCCUCCGGCUGUUCUAAAGGAGACGAAAAGCCUCCUCCUCCUCCUUUAAACCUCGCCGGUGGAGGAAGCCCCUAUUUCAUCACCCAGUCGAAUCGUCUCGUCUCAGUGGGUUGCGGCACGAGAGCACUGGUGACGGGCAUCGAAUCUCAGAUCAUAGGAUGCGAGUCGAGCUGCGACAGGAACAAGAGUCGCCUAGGCCUAGACAAUAUCUGCGGUGGUUACAGAUGCUGUCAGGCGAUGAUCACGGCGGAUAGACCUCAGACGAUCGGCGUUGACUUAGAAAGCUCCGUUGUUGGUAACAACGCAACAACUCUUUGUAAAGUCGCUUUCUUGACGAACGAGACUUACUCUCCGGCGAACGUUACCGAGCCGGAGCAAAUUUCUAGUAAUGGGUUUAGUGUGAUCGAGCUAGGAUGGUACUUUGAUGCAUCAGAUCAUCGGUUAGUGAAUCCAGUGGGUUGUUUUAAUUUGACGGAUGCAAAGUAUUACACGAGCGCACCGAGCUGUGUUUGCGAGUAUGGUAGCUUAUCUGGGUUUGGUUACAGUAGCUGUUUCUGCAAUGACAUUGGUUACAGUGGGAAUCCUUAUCUUCCUGGUGGAUGUAUUGACAUUAAUGAAUGUGAGGGAGAAUUAGGACGAGGCUGUAUAGGACAAACUUGUGUGAAUGUCCCUGGAUCGUUUAGGUGCGAGCCAAAGAAAACAGAGAAGAUCAAGCCUGUGAUUUUAGGUCUUGUUAUAGGUUUGGCAUUGUUGUUCUUGGUUCUAGGGAUAUGGGGAUUCAUCAAAUUCGUCAAAAAGAGAAGGAAGAUUAUCCAAAAGAGGAACUUCUUUAAACGUAAUGGAGGUUUAUUGUUGAAACAACAACUAAGUACAUCAGAAGGAGGUAAUGUGGAGGCGUCUAGGAUAUUCACCUCGAAAGAGCUGGAGAAAGCGACCGAUAGCUUCAACAAGAACCGGGUUCUUGGACAGGGAGGUCAAGGCACUGUCUACAAAGGAAUGUUAGUAGAUGGGCAAAUCGUAGCUGUGAAAAGAUCUAAAGUUUUGGACAAAGACAAAGUGGAGGAGUUCAUCAACGAGGUUCGUGUUCUCUCGCAAAUUAACCAUAGAAACAUCGUGAAACUCAUGGGGUGUUGUCUGGAGACAGAGGUUCCUAUCUUGGUUUAUGAGCAUAUUCCAAACGGAGACCUAUUCAAAAGGCUACAUAAUGGUUCUGAUGAUUACACAAUGACUUGGGAAGUGCGUGUGCGAAUUGCCGUGGAGAUUGCAGGAGCACUUGCUUACUUGCACUCGGCUGCUUCUACUCCGGUCUAUCACAGAGAUGUCAAGACCUCAAACAUACUUCUGGAUGAGAAGUAUCGAGCCAAGGUGUCGGAUUUUGGUACUUCGAGAUCUAUAAGCAUAGAUCAGACACACUUGACAACUCAUGUUGCAGGUACUUUUGGAUACUUGGAUCCAGAGUACUUUCAAACUAGCCAGUUCACAGAUAAAAGUGAUGUUUAUAGUUUUGGUAUUGUCUUGGUUGAGCUUAUAACCGGAGAAAAGCCGUAUUCUGUUGUGCGGCUUGAAGAAAACAGAGGGCUUGCAUCACAUUUCAUCGAGGCCAUGAAAGAGAACAGAGUUCUUGAUAUCGUUGAUUCUCGGAUCAAAGAAGAGUGCAAACCGGAACAAGUAUUGGCUAUGGCUAAACUUGCAAGGAGGUGUUUAAGUCUAAAAGGGAAGAAGCGUCCAAGUAUGAGAGAGGUUUCCACUGAGAUUGAGACGAUCCGUUCAUCACCUCAAGAUUUAGAGGUGACUAUCGAAGAAGAAGAGGAUGAAGAAGAAGAAAUGUCAAUGGAAAUUAACAUAGAUGAUUCUUGGAGUGUGGACAUGACUGCUCCAGCAUCUCUCUUUGAUUCAUCACCCAAGUUAGAUGUUAGACCACUGGUUCCUCAACGAACAUGGUCAUGAUGGCAUCAUGCAAGAUCGCAAUGGUGCACCAAAAUGUUGUUUGAUUUUGUGAUAACAAAGAUUCAAUGUUCCAUUCUACAUUCAAAGCAGAAAAACAUAAUGUUCCCAAAAACCUUUCAGCAUUAUAUUCCAUUACAAAGAUUCAUUCA